UGGUGGACAUCUCAUUCGCUGGUUUGGGAGGAGUUACCGUGACCGCCAUUGUUACAGCUCCUUCGUAUUGAAGAACGUGAUCAGUGAAUCCGUUUCGUCAUUAUUACUGAUUUCGACGGAUUGUGUCUAUUUUCUAGAUUUCCGCAACGACGGUACACGAUAUUAGUGAGCGUGUUCUGAGCGUAGCAUGUCCACAAUGAAUCCCGAGUAUGAUUACUUGUUUAAGUUGCUUUUAAUUGGAGAUUCUGGAGUUGGAAAAUCAUGUCUUCUACUCCGUUUUGCUGAUGACACAUACACAGAAAGUUAUAUCAGUACUAUUGGUGUAGAUUUUAAGAUUCGAACAAUUGAUUUAGAUGGAAAAACAAUAAAAUUGCAAAUCUGGGAUACAGCGGGUCAAGAACGAUUCAGAACAAUUACAAGUUCUUAUUAUAGAGGUGCACAUGGUAUUAUUGUUGUUUAUGACUGCACAGAUCAGGAAACAUUCAGUAAUGUUAAACAGUGGCUGGAAGAAAUUGAUCGUUAUGCUUGUGACAAUGUGAAUAAGCUGCUGGUCGGCAAUAAAUGUGAUCUUCACACUAAAAAAGUUGUUGAUUACACAACGGCAAAGGAAUAUGCAGAUCAGCUUGGUAUACCAUUCUUGGAAACAUCUGCAAAAAAUGCAAUGAAUGUAGAACAGGCUUUUAUGACAAUGGCAGCAGAAAUAAAACUUAGAGUGGGUCCUCCAUCAAGUGGCAACAGUGAUCCAGCAAAUAAAGUGAAAAUCGAACAUGGACGUCCAAUUGAAUCUGCUAAAUCUGGGUGCUGCUGAGAAAUGUAAUUUUACAUUUCUGUAACCAAAUGGACUUUUGAUUACAGAAGGACAUCUUAUGGUAGCAGUUUUAUACUGCUUGAAAACAUUACCAGAAGAAACAAGAAAGAUCAUGGAAGUUUCAGUUUAUAUUAAUAAAAAAAUGAGGUGUGAAACAUUAUCAAUUAUGGACCACCAACUCUAUCACAGAGUUGAAUAAAACAAAUUUUGUUCUAUCUUUUUUUUUUUUUUCAAGAAAGGAGAACAUAAUUAUUCACUUGCUAAUACCUAGUGCAAAAAUCGACCAUAGAAAAAUUUGUCGAAUUAGCAUCGAGGAUCAUUGAUUUUACGCAAUGAUGCGUUUAACGGCAAUUCGUGUUUAUAAAGUAAAUUAAAUAAUAUUAUGUAUCGUGGUUAUAAAGAUAAGCACUCUUAUUUUUUAGCGUAAUUGUAACAUGUAUAAUUGAAUGUUUUUUGUCUUAGAAGGGAGUCAUUCUUACCCUUUGUACUACCCAAACAUUUUUCCAUAUUUUAUUCCAAACUCUAUCUUGAGAAAGACAAGAAUUAGAUUAACAAUGUACUGAAACAUGCCGUCGUCGCUGCCUCCCUCUUUUUCAGUGCUCAUUAGUGUAAUUUAAUAACAAUAUAUUAAUAAAUAUUUCAACACUAAUACAGAAAAUGGAAAUAGAAUUCCUACAGUGUGUCCGUUUUAUCUGGAAACGCAUGAGUAUCUCAUAAACCGUUGAAGAUAUAAAAACAUUAUUAUUAUGAAAGUUGUUUGAUAUGGAGGGGGAUAUUGUGUGGUGUAAAUAAUUUUUUUUUCUAUCAAGCAGAGGAGAUUUCAAGG